CAACGGUCAGUCCCAAAAGGCCUUCGAAACUGACCGGCUGGUGAACAUUCUUCAGUUACUCUUCUUCCAUGGCUUCUUCUCUCUCACAUUCUAGGGUCAGGGUAAGGGUUUUGCUUGAUGGACGAACCAGAUCGAACUUCGGCACUACAAGCCUCUCCGUCGUUGCCGGUCGACGCCGAAUUUUCAGGCGCCGUAACGACGCCGGCCUCCUCUUCCGCAGUCCGAGAAGAGGAACAGAGAGGCGUUUCUUCUGAUGGAAACCGUUCAAUGACUUCACAAAAUGGGGAAACAUCCACAGUGGUCAGAGAUGAUACCUGCCCUCGCAUUGUCCUCGUCCUCGCCUUUUGGUUCUCUGUUUCGAUGACUAUGAUUCUGGGGUUGUUUGGUUCUGUGACUCUACAACUUGGCCCCAGUUCGUCACUCUUGAUAGCCCCUAAUCCCUUUUUUGUAGAGUAUAUAAAGGUGGAGAAAUUAGAUGAAGCAAAGACUGGACCUCUUUUGUAUGGACUUCACAAGAAUCCCCUGCGUGAUGUUCCAUUUACAUGGUCUGAAACUCAUAGCGCCUCUCUUCCCCUUGAUUUUCACAAGGAAUGGAUAUAUGUACUGAGUGAGGGGUCUCAAAUUAAUAUCUCGUUUCGUGUCAACUCCUCCUCUUCUCUAGUUCUUGUAAUUGCGGAAGGAAGUGAAAGUUUUGCCCAGUGGCUUGGGGACCCAUCAUAUCCUAAUACCACUUUGUCAUGGAACAUUAUUCAUGGGAGUGGUAUGAUCCGACAGAGCAUCUUUAGAUCUUCCACAUACUACGUUGCUGUGGGUAACUUGAACUCAGAAGUGGUGGAGUUGCAAGUAAACCUCAGAGUGAAGACUUUCCUGUACAAUACAACUGAUGCAUAUUACAAGUGCCCUGUGGCUCAUGGCCCAUGUCAGUUGAAAAUGGCUUUCCCCAAGGGAAAUGCUGCUGUCUUGACCUCUCCCAGUUCAGAACAAGAGCGGACUUCGAGAAAGAUGAUUGGCAGUGCUGAAGAAGGAUUGGGGCUCUAUCUCCUUACUAAGACCAACUCCGAAGAUAAUCUAGGUAUGACCCAUCUGUGGAAUGUGAAACUAUCAUAUAGACCUAGAUGGAUCACAUAUAUUGUCAGCAUAGGUGUAAUGUCUGUCCUCAUGUUGUUGGCCUUCCACUUGUUGGACAAUAUCCCCUGUAUCCGUGAAGAACAAACCAGAUUUUAUGGGGAGAUGAGAUCAGAAAGAGUCCCUCUUCUUUCCCAAAAAAGUGAUGACCUGUCAAGUUGGGGUUCAUCUUAUGAUUCUAUGUCACAUGAUGACGAAGAUGAUCCAGGUUCACUGCAGGGGAAGCCACUAAAAGAUGGUGAAUGCAGCAAUAACACUCAUCGUCUUUGUGCAAUAUGCUUUGAUGCUCCUAGGGACUGUUUCUUCCUUCCAUGCGGGCACUCUGUGGCUUGUUUUGAAUGUGGGACAAGGAUUGCUGAGUUGGCAGGUACUUGCCCUAUCUGCCGGAGGAAGAUGAAGAAGGUGAGAAAGAUAUUUACAGUUUGAACAGCACGCAGAGUUCCUCAGAUGAGUGCUGCUUGGUUACCAGUUUCUGAUUUUAACUGAUUAAUUAUACACAUCUGCAUCAUUUACAUUGCUUUGCAUUGACAAAACUGUGAUCACAAGAAAACUAGAUGGCCAAGAUCUUUAUUAGCUCUGCUGUCUCCCUCCACCACAUAAUUCUAUGUAUUUCUCGAUCGAGUAAUCCCAAAAAAAAAGUUUUUU